AUGUCUACGCGCAAGGCGCCUGACGAUCAACAGAGCAAGAUGGACUACCAUCAACGCUUGGGAGAUGCUAUGGUUGAUGAAUUCCUGGACAUGGCCACCAACCCCUCAAGAACAUGGCCCUGUUUGAGCGAUGGUGACCGCAAGCCGCCCUGCAUGCAACCACUUGCAAACUUAAGAGCCAUUCGUCUGCGCGAACUCAAUUCACAGGGUGCGAAUUCAGGCACGCUUCUCAUAGUCCGUACGAUCGGUCAACCUCGCCAACCAGGACCACUUCUUCCUGUCUUGAAUGUCAUCGAAGAUGAUGUUGGUAAACCCAUGCGUAUCGAGGUGUACUUUCCAACCACCAGUCCUUCAACAGCCAUUCUCAAUUUUGGUAACAUCCUCGCGAUAAAGGCACCCAACUAUGAGGUGGGCAGCCACGGGGCUGUAAUCAGAGUCGUGCAUCCAUCGGACAUCUUGAUCCUCCAUCCGGAUGAUAGUCUAAUCCCUGAAGCUUUCCUCGACCUCUCCGAGGUGUCUCCCAGGCCUGUUCGGAAAUGCAAGAAAGAAGCCAGAGCGGCUCUCAAAGAAGGGGAAUACACAAAAGCGAUCGAAAGUCUUACUAAUGCUUUGAACCAAUCAUCGCAAGCGCAAGAUGCGAUUCACCUUUCGAAACAACUUUAUCACCGCCGAUCUGUUGCUGCAAUGCAUGCUGGGCUACAUGAUUUAGCCACAGCCGACGCCUUGACCUCUAUUUCAGACCAUCCUGGCAAACAGUUGGAGAAGUACGAUAUGAAGCUAUUGCGUCAAACUGCUUGCGCUGCCUAUCAGAAAGAGGACUUCUCACUAGCUCAUGCUCAGCUUCANACCCUCUUGACGCUUUUUCCAACAGACAGAAAAGCUCUCAUCAUGUUCAGGAAGACUCUAGCCAGAGUCCGUGAGGAACUGACUGGGGAAAUCGAUUUUGAUUCGAUGAAAGAGCAACCAAUCCCGCUCGAGCGUGCAAGCUUCACUCAAUCGACAGAAAUACGAGCGUCGAGUGGGCGCGGACGCGCCGAUAUCACUGUCACAUGCCCAAAUCGAUCCUCGUAUCUCCGCAUGUACUGGAGGUUCAAAUGCUGCUGUAAGCUAUGCACCGCCGAAAUGCAAUGCAAUGCAGACCGCAACAAGUCCUCCAAAUCAGCCCAGAAUGUAGAGCACGACAAUCAUCGCCAUGAGACAGAUAAGUUUACUAGAAUUGAGGCGCAAAUCAGAGGCUUAGAAAGCACCUGGCCUGAUAAUUUGUUCAAAGAUCUGCCUCGCACGGCAAUGCAGAAGCCACAAUACAAACUCUUUCGCUUGUGGGUCGACCGGAAGGACAAUGGCAAGAUUUGCAAGCAUGCAAUCGCUCUGCUUCGCGAACAGGGUUUCUGGAUUCAAACUUCGGAACAUGACGGCAAGAUCCAGCUUUACGGCCCCUGCGGUAUACUUUCCAAGGCAGUGGUGAAAGCACUAUAUCGGCUUUCGCGUGUCUCUAAUGAUGAAGGAGAUCUUGCCAAGGCAGAGCAGUACCUCGCAUUGGCUAGAACGAUGCACCUUACCAUGAACGGCACAGCUAGAGAAUGGGACUGGAAGCUGGUGAAAUGGGGCUUUACCUAG